CUCUAUCUCACCACUAACGCCAGAAAUCACCGCAGCACUUCAACGAUCAAGAUCCAAGCAAGCCCCCUUCUCAAUACCGCUUAUUCUCCGGAUAUCCACGCAAAUCUGCCAAAAUGGAAAACGAAAGGGGAGAAAUCGUCGACCUCUAUGUGCCUCGCAAAUGCAGCGCCACCAACCGCAUCAUUAAGGCCAAGGACCACGCCUCCGUCCAGAUCAGCAUUGCCAAAGUUGACGAGAACGGCCGAUACACUGGCGAGAACCAAAUAUAUGCCCUUUGCGGAUUCGUACGGGCCCGGGGUGAGAGUGAUGACAGCUUGAACCGUCUGGCGCAACGGGAUGGGUUCUUGAAGAAUGUAUGGAGCGCGAGCUCCCAGCGUUAAGGGAAAUUGGAGGAGGGAGUUGGUUUUUUUUUUGUCCUUUUCUGUUUUUCUUAUGCGCUGGUUGUGUGUGAGGGGGUUGUGGGAUACGAUACGGAUGCUGUGAUGAUAACCGUUAAAAUGAGCGAAAUAAGAAAAAAUCCCGGGAAUACACUGGAGUUCUUUUUCGAGGCUCUUAAAUUAAACUAUUGUUUUCCUAUCCUCUUUUUUAAAAAAUAACCUUUCCUCCUUUCUAUCAACAACCUUAGGCCCAAUGACUCAAGUACUUUACGAAAAUCAAGAUAUGAAUCAAGAAGAUCUAAGAUGGAUGUGAACGGUAAUUUCAGUAAUAAAAAAUAAAAAAUAGAAAAAAUAUGGAGAUUCUAAUAUUCGAA